AUGGACUUGGGCUUUCUGUCUGCACACGCCUCUCCAGCGGGAUCUGUAGAAGAUGCCUCUCAUAACUGCAGGACCCUCGAGUUCCAGGCCAAGGUGUGUAGCCCCAUCCACGGAAAAAGUAUUCUCAACAUCACCCACACGAGUGCAGAGGAGCGGAGCCCAGUUGUCCACCUGCGGGGCGCGGGGCACGCGGGGCUGGGGACGCGGCCAGAGCCGGGAGGACGCGCCCGCCGCGGCCGCCACCGCGCGUCCCGGAGGCGCUUCAGAUCCGGACCCGAGCCUCCGCCUGCCCGGCCGGCCCGACUCCGGCCGGAGCCGCCCGCCUCCCGCGGAGACCCCGGCCCCUGCGGCCCGCCGCCGGCCCGGAGCAGCCCCGCGGGCGCCGGGCGCCGGGCCCCGAGCCGGGCGGCUCCCCGGCUCCGCGCUCUGCGGCUCAACCGCGGCUCCAGGUCCGCUGCUCGGAGCACCAUGACACUCACCGGCUCCUGGAGCUUCUGGCCUUGGAUGGUGGUGCUUCUGUUUCAGGCCUCCACCUCUGUGAUGGUCAAAGAGGAAGCAGAAAAGACAUGUCCAGCAUUGAGAAUGGAGGGAUAUCAUUUUAUGCAAGUCAGCAGAAAGGAACUUAACAUUUCAGGCUUUGAUGUGGGGGGGCGCUUCUCCCUCCGGCGGGCGUCUUGUGAAGGGGGGAAGCCCUGCUUCAGACUGGGGCGUGCGCUGCUGCUGAGAGACACCACGGAGAUAUUUCCCGAAGGCCUCCCGGAGGACUACGCUGUGGCAGCCGUGUUUCGAGUGCGGAGGAGUGCCCGGAAGGAGCGGUGGGUCCUCUGGCAGAUUGUAAACCAGCAGAAGGUGCCACAGAUUUCCAUCGUGGUUGAUGGAGGGAAGAGGGUUCUAGAGUUCAUGUUCAGAGCUGCUGAAGGAGAUACGCUGAACUACGUGUUUAAGAACCGAGAGCUCCGCCCUCUGUUCGACCGCCAGUGGCACAAGCUGGUGGUCAGGGUGGAGCCCCGCGCCAUCUCUGUCUAUGUGGACUGCAGCCUGAUUGCAAGCCGGCAGACCAGUGCCCAGGCCACUGUGGACGCGUGGGGAAGGACAGCCAUUGCCUCCCGGACAUCGGACGGCAGACCUGUGGAUAUAGAGCUUCACCAGCUUGUAAUCCACUGUGACCCGGACUUCUUAGCUCGAGACCCGUUCUGCAAGGCCCAGGCCGUGGGAGAAGCAGGAUUGCCAGCAACUCCAGGUUCACCUGAGCAGAAAGGGGAGAAAGGCAAGCCGAGUAUAGCUGGUGCUAAAGAAGAACUCAGUGCUCCUGGAACUCCCGGGGAAAAGGGUGAAAAUGGUUUACCUGGUGUCCCCAACUUACCUGGCCACAAGGGUGAACUUAGAGCAAAAGGAGACCCGGGUCUGCCCGGCUUUCAUGGAGAAGAGGGUUGGAAAGGCCCAGCUGGACCCAAAGGAGAAAAGGGUGACAUGGGACCCCCAGGACUCCCAGCCUUAACUACACUGGGGGCUGACCUGACACUGGGGGCUGACCUGACACUGGGGGAUGACCUGACACUGGGGGCUGACCUGACACUUGGGGAUGACCUGACACUGGGGGCUGACCUGACACUGGGGGCUGACCUGACACUGGGGGAUGACCUGACACUGGGGGAUGACCUGACACUGGGGGCUGACCUGACACUGGGGGAUGACCUGACACUGGGGGAUGACCUGACACUGGGGGCUGACCUGACACUGGGGGAUGACCUGACACUGGGGGCUGACCUGAGAGGACACUGA